AUCCUCGGACCCUGUGACUGAGCGUAUUUAAGAGCUGCUCCUGGACCUUGUUCAACAGCUCACACUUUGAGGCUGCAUUGGUUCUGAUUCUGAGGACAUACUUCACUAACGGUCAUCGUGUUAUUUACCAUCUGCGGCGUCGCCACCAUGAGGUUCCUGAUCCUGUCUCUGUUUCUCUGUGCCGUCGUGGCUCUGCCUCGAGCUGCAGCUUUUCCAGCCCCAGAGGAUGAACCUCAACCACCGGAGGUUGAAGAGGGUUCAACAGGAGACGUUUCAGAACCUUCAAAUGAGAUAAAAGGAAGUCCAGAAGAGGGUGAUUCUUCAAGUGCAGAUGAGUCUUCAGAUGGCAACACUUCUUCAGAUGAGGAUGAGUCUUCAGAUGGUGAUAGUUCUUCAGAUGAAACCACUGAUGCCCCUGAAACCACUGACGCCCCUGAAGCCACUGAGGGGCCUGAAGCCGAUGACACCACUGAAGCCGAUGAUGUCGCUGAAGUCGAUGACGUCGCUGAAGUCGAUGACGCAGAUGGCGCUGAUGCUGAUGACACCCCUGAAGCUGAUGACUCCGAUGGUGCUGAUGACACCCCUGAAGCUGAUGACUCCGAUGGUGCUGAUGAUGCUGCUGAUGCCGAUGACACCGCUGAAGCUGAUGACUCCGCUGAUGACUCUGCUGAUGACGCCGCUGAUGACACAGACAACUCAGACAACUGUGGUUCCUGUUUUAUGGAUGAAAAGAUAAGGAACAGAAUAAAAGAGCAGGUAGGUGUUGGAGCGUUCGCUGAGAGAGAAGAGAAGCUGCAGCAGCAGGUCAUCGUCUCUAACGUCUCCAUCAUGAAGCUCCUGAUGCUGUGUGCACUUCUCUGCGUCGUGGUUUUGACCAGAGCUGCUGACAAAGGUGCAGACGAACAUGUGCAACAACCUGGAAAAGAUGUGCCUCAGCUGGAGAAGCGGGCUCUUUGGUGGUGUCCCACUGGAUGGACUCAGUACGGUGGCCGAUGUUUCCAGUUCGUACGACGUUUCUUGACUUGGGUUCAGGCUGAGAAAAACUGUCGGGCCAUGGGUGGACAUCUGGCGUCUGUAAGAAGCUGGAACGAGUAUUAUUGGCUUCGGCGCAUGAUAAUUACUCAAGCUCACACAACUCAAGACACGUGGAUCGGAGGCUCUAGAGGCAAAACGGACGCCACUUGGUUCUGGAGUGAUGGAGCCAGCUUCACCUUCACCUACUGGUGUAGGGGACAACCAAGCAGUCCUGGGACACAGCACUGCUUGGAAAUGAAUUAUUCAGCCAAGAAAUGCUGGAAUGAUUAUCAGUGCUACGCACGACAGGCAUCUGUCUGUGCGAAGGCUUCCAUCCUCCUCGGCUGAGAAACAGCAGCCUGUGACUGAUGCAUUUCUGCUUUAUUGCUCUUUACAUUUAUUCUAAGAGACAUAAACGUAGGAGCUGCUUUGUUCCUGGUGGUUUCAUUAGAACAGCUUCAUUAUCUUCUGCUAUUGUGUCUAAAGCAAAAUUAAACUCUUCACGCAUUGAA